CAUGAUGGGUUUCUCUAUCUGUUAGGAUUUUGACCAUACGGAAAAUUAAUCAAAUAUGAAAUCUUGAAUCUUACACAGGGAUCGGUUGACAUAUUCUAGAUCAGACUAAGAUCGAGCAAAUAGUUUUGCAUUAUAUAUCUCUCAAAGAACAGAAAAUCUUUGAAUAUUGAAACCAUAUAAUUCGAACAACAGAUCUAUAUCCAAUAAAUUGAUCAUGAGUUAUUACAAUCAACCUCCUCCAGUUGGUGUCCCUCCCCCUCAAGGAUAUCCACCAAAGGAUGCAUAUGGGUAUCCUCCUCAGGGAUACCCACAAGGUUAUCCUCCACAACCACAAGGUUAUCCUCCUCCGCCGUACGGGGCCCCUCAGUACGCGGCUCCGCCCCCUCAAAAGAACUCAUCUGCCACCACCGGCGUCAUGACUGGCUGUCUGGCUGCUGUGUGCUGUUGCUGCCUCUUAGAUGCGUGCUUUUGAUAACCUACGGAGUUGUGAAUCAAAAUGACAUGCACUAGCUAGUAUAUAUGGUCCUCUGUGGAUCACAGGAUCUAGCCUUUUCCUUUUUGUGCCUUGUUCUUUAUAAAUAUUUUGGACCUCCAUUUGAGAAUAUAUAUGAUCGAGUUAAUUCCAUAUAGCUCAAGACAUUCAAUGCAAGUGUGUCUAUUCACCAAAUUG